UAACUAAAGGAAGUGACAGAAUAAGCAGCACAGACAUUGUGAAGCUGUCUCCUGGUGAGCACUGGUCCUGCUGCACUUUUCUGAUGCUGCAGGGUGAAGCCAUCAUAUUCAUUGCAUUGUACACAAGAAGGACAUCAUGGCUACCAGGGUCACAUUCCUCAUCUUCUGUUGUUUUCUCUGCCUAAGUGAAAUUAAAAGUCCUGCAGCUAAUGAAACUGAAAACCAACAAGAAAAAGGAGGCACUGGUGAAAUUAAAAGUCCUGCAGCUAAUGAAACUGAAAACCAACAAGAAAAAGUAGGCACUGGUGAAAUUAAAAGUCCUGCAGCUAAUGAAACUGAAAACCAACAAGAAAAAGGAGGCACUGGUGAAAUUAAAAGUCCUGCAGCUAAUGAAACUGAAAACCAACAAGAAAAAGGAGGCACUGGUGUAAUUAAAAGUCCUGCAGCUAAUGAAACUGAAAACCAACAAGAAAAAGUAGGCACUGGUGAAAUUAAAAGUCCUGCAGCUAAUGAAACUGAAAACCAACAAGAAAAAGGAGGCACUGGUGAAAUUAAAAGUCCUGCAGCUAAUGAAACUGAAAACCAACAAGAAAAAGGAGGCACUGGUGUAAUUAAAAGUCCUGCAGCUAAUGAAACUGAAAACCAACAAGAAAAAGGAGGCACUGGUGUAAUUAAAAGUCCUGCAGCUAAUGAAACUGAAAACCAACAAGAAAAAGGAGGCACUGGUGAAAUUAAAAGUCCUGCAGCUAAUGAAACUGAAAACCAACAAGAAAAAGGAGGCACUGGUGUAAUUAAAAGUCCUGCAGCUAAUGAAACCGAAAACCAACAAGAAAAAGGAGGCACUGAAACACAAUCUAGAACAUCUGUAACACCAGUGCAGUUGCCCACUAACACAACACAGUCUCCAGAUCCGACGACUAAGAUCGAUGACAAGCAACCGAACCCAACAACCACGUUGGACAAACUCAAAACCAACAGCAAAGGUGCUGAACAAGGUCAACAGUCUGAAAACACACCUAAGAAAUUUGAUGCCAGAUACCUCUGGCUACUGGUCUUGGUAGUUGCAGUCCUGGCUGUGGUAACAUACUUCAAGUGUUUUAAAAGGCAGACUCUUCCAGUUGAGACCAUGGACCAUGGAACAGAGAAUGCUUCAUUCCAAAGGACUGAGAGUAAAGAUGGAGUCAUGCUAUUGGGAGUCAAAUCAGGAGGGGAAGAGAAUGCUGCAGCAAAAUAAACAGACAAGCCAAAGCGACACAAGCCAAAAAAAUAUCAGAAGAUUAAAAAGAUGAAGAUGGCACACUUCAAGGAUCAUCCUUGAGAAUGAAAUGAAAUGAAGUGACAUGUUUUACAGUUGUAUACAGUACGUAUAAAGCGUAUUAGCAACAUGAAUAAAUAUGAACAAUGACUGCUUUAAAAAUGAUAUUUUUACUGUAUAUGGGAUCUCGAGAAUGAGUAUACAAUAUGAUGUUAUGUUGAGGUCAUUUCUGGAAACAAACUUCUGUUAAUUUCUGUACAUAACAAAUUUUAAAGGUGCCAUUAUAUGUGAUGCAUACAAUUAAUAAUUAUUUCAUGUUAUUUCAAGCUUUAAUUUGCAUAAAGAUAUAGGUUCCUCAAAUGUGUUGAAGAAAUUUAUGUUAUUGUGAAAGGAUUGAAGCUUUGCAGAAAAAUGGAUAUAGAACACCUAAUUCUUUUACAUUCAAGAAAUAUAUUACUCCAUUUUCAUCCCCAUGCAUGGUGAUGAAUAGAAUUUCACUUUUAUCUAGUUUUAUCAUAACAUUUAUUCAGUGGAUUUUCAUUUUUUUCAUGUAACUUGUUUUUACUCUUACAACCUUUUAGUUUUUCCAAAUUAGAUGAUUUGUACAUAUUAAUAGUAACAUUUAAAAUUCAUUAUUACACACACACACACACUGUCUUUACGAUUGUGUUUUAAGCUUUGUGCAGUGUUUUUGUCAUGUGUUUUUAUUUCAUUGUAGUUUAAUAAAUGAAUUUUUGUGCCCAA